AUGGUGAAGCCGUCAGCCACUGAAACUUCCCCUUCUUCUUCUUCAUCCCAUUCGGUGUCUCCUCUACAAACAUUUUUAGUCCACCUGAUUUGUGGAGUUGGCUUAGGCGUUGGAUACUGGGUAGCCCACAACAUCUAUUCCAUCAAUCUCGUCUCUCAUCCUUCGGGCACUCUCCGUCUGAUCUGGGUUAUCAAGAGCCCAAUUGUUAUUCUUCUUUACAGCUAUUUUCGGAAAAAUCCCGACAAAUCCUCGUAUUUCAAAGCUGUGGUACGAGGCCUACUGGGACUCCCUGUUGGGGCUCUUUUAAAUGCUUUAGGAGCUAUUGCUUUGGGUGCACCUGUGGGCAUUCAGUAUGUGAAAUGAGGGUAGAUAAAAAUUUGUGCCUUUUACUGUUAUUAUGGAAACAGAAGUCACAGUUGAGGUCAAAAUGGGUUCACUCAUAGUUCCUUAGACAACACCUUUCUUCACUGUCAGGUACACAAAGCCCCUACAUUUUCUACAGGUGGCUUUCCUGUUUCCUUUUAAAACUUUAUGAAUUUUGCUUUUAUCCCAAAAUAAAAUGUAAAACUUUAAUAUAAUGGAUAAAGUUGGGUGGGGAAUUCAUUUCAAAAAUUUGUUUUACCUGUCCAAAUCUCAACUGUGACUUUCUUUUCAAAAUUGUGGAGAAUUUGUCAAGAUAA